CAUUUGAUAGCCAGAUUUACAACCCCAAAUUAAGGAUGAAUUGCUGGAAAACUUUGGUAUUUAAAUAAAAUCCCGAAAUCGACAAUUGAAAUAGUUUUAAAAAUGUUUCAGCCGAAUUGGAUUAUAUUGUCGUGGAUAAUAAUUUUGUUCUUCAUCGCAACGGUAGCUGCAAUUGGAAGUCGUUAUGAAUUUGUAUUCGAAAAUGACAAAGUCUUCGAUGUCUGUCCGGAUGAAGAAAAUUCCAAUGGUGUCCAUGAUUUAUUCGAUAUAUCCGGUGUGUCGUUUGAAUUCAGUGAGGGAAGUAUCCAUAUAUCGGGAGAUCUGACCUGUGUUUGGGAGGGCGUAGAACCUGGCGAUAGGAUUGAGAACCGCAUAGAACUAUUUAAGCUGGUACGCAGCUCCUGGCAACCCACCCCCUUUUCGAUGUCCACAACCAAUUUUUGUGAGUCGUUUUUCAGUGAGAAAUACCUCUUCUACCAGGUGUGGUCCAAGUACAUUGUGGAGAGUGAUCGCCAGUGUAUAACCACCUAUAAGCACGUUUUCCACCUCUUACCCUAUGACAUCGACACCAUAUUGGAUUACCCCAUCAACAUGGAGGGUCGCCACAAAGUCGUGGUCCACUUUACAGCCUUCGAUGAGAACAAUCAAAAGCGUCCCAAUGUGGGUUGUUUUGAAAUUCACGGGGAAUUUUUCAGGGCGAAAUAAUAUUGAAAAGUAAAAAAAAACGUUGGAAAUGUUAACGAAAUGAAUUUUGA